AUGACACUCCAACUCGACGCAAUAGAGUGGGCUCUUUUUGCCUUUGGCAGCAAGACUCUUCCCUCAAACAGACGCGUGUCAGCCACGUUCGACAUCGCAUAUGAAUCCCUCAAAGAUUUCAACAGAGCGGCAAUUUUCGUCUGCGGUGAUGAACAAAAAGCCAUGGUCAUCAAGCGCCCUCAUCCAGAUAACGAAGGACAGACAGAAACCCUAGCAUGCGUCUCACGAGUGCAGCUGCCACUAAACGGCCCGCAGCCAAUGCAGGUGGACAAUUUUACCGGUGCGACUGAGUUCUUGGAGGCGGCACGGCGAGCUUUGCCCAGUGACAAUAAGGUAACCGCUAAAACCGGCUCUCUCGCCUGGCGUAUGUUUUGA